AUGAAAUUCCUCGCCUUCUUCGCUCUCCUGGCUGUAGCCAGCGCCGCGCCCGCCGAACAGGCCGCACCUUCCGACCUCGGACCAGCUAUCGUUGAGCCCAUUGCUGUCGGCCCCGCCGUUGUUGACAACUACAAGCCCAUCUCUGUUGGACCCGCUGUCGUUGACAAUUACCAGCCCAUCUCUGUUGGUCCCGCUGUCGUUGACAACUACCAGCCCAUCUCUGUUGGUCCCGCUGUCGUUGACAACUACCAGCCCAUCUCUGUUGGACCCGCUGUCGUUGACAACUACCAGCCCAUCUCUGUUGGACCUGCUGUCGUUGACAACUACCAGCCCAUCUCUGUUGGACCCGCUAUCGUUGACAACUACCAGCCCAUCUCUGUUGGUCCCGCUAUCGUUGACAACUACCAGCCAAUCCUCGUCGGCCCAGCUGUUGUCGACAACUUCGAGCCAUCUCCCAUCGUCGUCGUUGACACCCCCAUCAUCGCCGCCCCAGGCGUCGUUGACAGCAUCGUGCCUACCCCCGUGGCCGUCGUCGACUCUCCCAUCUCCGCCAGCCCCGCCGAUGAGGCCCACCCCGCCCCCGCUGUUCCAGCUUUCCCCUUCCCCUUCCCCUUCCCCUACGACGGCAGCUGUCCCGUCUACUACAUCAACAACGUCAUUGUUGCUCGCGACAUUUCUGGUAGCCCAGUAACCAUCACGCGUCGCGCAAACCGUAGCCCCGUGGUCGUCGCCGAGCCCAUUGACCCCACCCCCGUGGUCGUGGAGGAGAUCGUGGCCGAGCCCGUCGUCAUCGCAAACAUGAAAUUCAUCGCGUUCUUCGCUCUCCUGGCUGUGGCCAGCGCCGCGCCCGCUGAACAGGCCAACCGUUCCCUUCUGGACGUCAUCGGAGCCAUCCUCGCCAACUUGAAGCCCAACCCUGUGGAAGUCGGACCAGCCAUCGUUGAGCCCAUCUCUGUUGGACCCGCUGUCGUUGACAACUACCAGCCUAUCUCUGUUGGACCCGCUGUCGUUGACAACUACCAGCCCAUCUCUGUUGGACCCGCUGUCGUUGACAACUACCAGCCCAUCUCUGUUGGACCCGCUGUCGUUGACAACUACCAGCCCAUCUCUGUUGGACCCGCUGUCGUUGACAACUACCAGCCCAUAUCUGUUGGACCCGCUGUCGUUGACAACUACCUGCCCAUAUCUGUUGGACCCGCUGUCGUUGACAACUACCAGCCCAUCUCUGUUGGUCCUGCUAUCGUUGACAACUACCAGCCCAUCUCUGUUGGACCCGCUAUCGUUGACAACUACCAGCCCAUCUCUGUUGGACCCGCUGUCGUUGACAACUACCAGCCCAUCUCUGUGGGACCCGCUAUCGUUGACAACUACCAGCCCAUCUCUGUUGGUCCCGCUGUUGUCGACAACUUCGAGCCAUCUCCCGUCAUCAUCGAUACCCCCGACGGCAGCUCUCCCCUCGUCCAAGUCGUUCUCAACAUCAACAACGCUGAAUCUGGCUCCAUUGCUGGUAGCCCAGUAGUCAUCGAGGGUCUUCCCAUCAACCCCAGCCCCGCGGCCGUCGCCGAGCCCAUCGUCCCCACCCCCGUCUCCGUGGUGGAUGGCGAGAUCGUCCCUACCCCCGUCGCCGUGGUGGAGGGCGAGAUCGCCCCCACCCCCGUGGUCGUGGAGGAGAUCGUGCCCGAGCCCGUCAUCAUCGGCACCCCCGUCCUCCCCGCCCCCAUCCUCCCCGAACCCGUCGCUAUCCUCCCCGAGGAACUCAACUGA